ACGACCACCUUGGGGACUGAGGCUGGUGUGUGCCGCGGCUGCCCUCACCGUGGAAAAAUGCAUUCGGGCCACUCUAACCAGAUUCUUAAGUCGCUAGGGAUAAAAGAGGAGUAGAGAGAGAAGCGACUCAAUUCUGUAGUCUCUCGCUCACGAGUCUCCAGUCAAAAGAAGCAAGAGAAUAGUGCAGCAUCAUCUUUAGGCACUGAAGGCCCGAAAAGCCCAUUUUAACUACGGGCCUGCUUAGUCAAAGUUAAGGGGCAGUACAGCCGGCGCAGCUUCACUUUCCCUUCUCCAACAUGGCCUCGAGGGCAGCGGGGAGAAAGAGGAGGUUUCCGCUGCACCCCGCCCGCGCCUCGGGGCGGGCCAAUCCUGGCGGGCAGCUCAGUCUGCGCAAGCGCGCUGCCAGCAGGGCGCUGGGCGGACUCGGUGAGGUGAUUAUUUUGGCACCUGUUGCCGAGGCUCCUCCUCCCUCUCUCCUGCCGGGGCGGAGGCGGACCAGGGGCGGGCCGUUGGCAGCCUCCGCCCCCUCAACCUUCGCGGGGUGCGGGCGGCAGCUUUUUGGUUCACAGCCGGGCAGCGAGAACCGCGGGAAGGGCUCUCCAGGCGAGAGACGGACGCCAGGCGUCGUGGCAAGGAAGAGUGACUAGCUCCCCUUCGUUGUCAGCCAGGGACGAGAACAGAGCCACGCUCCCACCCGGCUGCUCACCAUCCCUCGGCGGCGAUGUCGGCCGCCGGUGCCCGAGGCCUGCGGGCCACCUACCACCGGCUCCUCGAUAAAGUGGAGCUGAUGCUGCCCGAGAAAUUGAGGCCGUUGUACAACCAUCCAGCAGGUCCCAGAACAGUUUUUUUCUGGGCUCCAAUUAUGAAAUGGGGGUUGGUGUGUGCUGGAUUGGCUGAUAUGGCCAGACCUGCAGAAAAACUUAGCACAGCUCAAUCUGCUGUUUUGAUGGCUACAGGGUUUAUUUGGUCAAGGUACUCACUUGUAAUUAUUCCAAAAAAUUGGAGUCUGUUUGCUGUUAAUUUCUUUGUGGGGACAGCAGGAGCCUCUCAGCUUUUUCGUAUUUGGAGAUAUAACCAAGAACUAAAAGCUAAAGCACACAAAUAAAAGAGUUCCUGAUCACCUGAACAAUCUAGAUGUGGACAUGACCAUUGGGACCUAGUUUAUUAUUUGGUUAUUGAUAAAGCAAAGCUAACUGUGCAUUUGGAAGGCACAAUAAAACUAACUGCAACUGGUAGCUAGUGCUUGAUUCAAUAGAAAAAUAAAGCAAACUUAAUAACAGUCUCUCUACAUGACUUAAGGAACUUAGCUAUAGAUAUUAGUAACAUUUUUCUACCAUUUGUCCAUAAUAAACCAUACUUGCUCAUAUAUA